AUGAGUGCGGAACCAACCGUUGAUACCGCGGUCGGAUCCGUCGCGGAAUCUCCGCCGUCCGAUGGCCCCUGUCCGCCGGUGACAUGGCCCGCCGACGGUCAGAUCUCCGUCGCGUGGGUGCGCGAGUUCGCAGCGCGUCUGGACCACACUUCGCGCCACGUGUCUCCAGAGGAUCUUCCCACCGUCCUCCCUGUUGCCACUGUGGACGGCAUUCUCAAUGCCGCGUAUAAAAUCCUGCACAAGGAGCCAAACGUCGUGCGCGUGUGGCCGCAAUCGGCGGCGCCAACCGCGGCGGCGACGAAAUCCCGACCUGGCCCGUCCGCAGUAGGCGGAACGGGAGAGGGGGGGAAGACGGGGACGGGUGUUUCCAAUGAUGGGGGGAAAGCCGAGGCAAGGGGAGGGGAAGGAGCGGGAGGGGAAAUUGCAGGAGGAGAAGGGGAGGAGAUUCCGCGGCGCGAUGGGAAGGCUCCUUGCGAAGAGGCAGUUUCAGGCGGGAACGUAGAUGAUGGACUCUCUGCCGGCGCCGCCGCCGCCGCGGUAGGAGCAGAAGGAGAAGAAAGGGUAGGAGAGGGAGAGAAAGGCGAGGCAGCAGGAGAAGCGGCGGCGGAAGGGGAAGGAUCAGGGGGAGGAGAGGCGGGGGUGCAAGUGGUAGUGGUGGGCGACGUGCACGGGCAGCUGCACGACGUGCUGCGACUGCUGCGACUGACGGGCGAGCCCUGCGACUCGCGCUUCUUCGUGUUCAACGGCGACUACGUGGACCGCGGCGCGUGGGGCCUGGAGACGUAUCUGCUGCUGCUGAGCUGGAAGGUGCUGUUCCCGCAGCGCGUGUAUCUGCUGCGCGGCAACCACGAGACGCUCUUCUGCGCCAUGCACUACGGCUUCCAGAACGAGAUCCGCCACAAGUACCCCGCGCCCGCCGCCUCGCACCUCUUCCGCCGCUUCCUCGCCUGCUUCGAGUCGCACCCCCUCGCCGCCGUGGUUAACGGCGCAGUGUUCGUGUGCCAUGGGGGGUUGUUUCGGAACCCGGAGGAAGCGGGUGGGAAGGCGGGGAGAGGGGGCGGCGGUGGCGGCGGUGGCGGCGGCGGUGGCGGGCGGGAGAAGGUGAAAGGGAAGGGGAAGGGUGGGAAGGGGAAGGGGAAGGGGAAAGGCCGGGCAGCAGAAGGCGGGAGCGAGAAGGGCGGGACGAGGAGGAGGGGGAAGCGGGAGGUACCAGAGGUGGAGCUAGGAAGCAUCGCGGAUCUGGAGGGGACGAGGAGAGGGAUUCUGGAUCCGCAUGGCACGGGGUCGCAUGCUAUAGUGGCGGACGUGCUGUGGUCUGACCCUGCUCUCAAGGACGAGCUGCGGCAUAAUGCGACGAGGAAUAUCGGCCUGGUGUUUGGCCCGGGGCACACUCAGAUGUUCCUGGAAAGCCACGGGCUCAAGCUCAUAGUGCGAUCGCACGAGGGCCCAGACGCGAGGGAGAAGCGCCCGGAGAUGAAGCCAAUGAGCACGGGCCUCACAGUGGACCACGAGGUGCCUGCUGGCCGCCUGCUCACGCUCUUCAGCGCGCCCGACUACCCGCAGUUCCAGGCGCGCAAGCAGAGGUACAGCAACAGAGCAGCGUACCUGGUGUUUGAGGGCCCGGACUUUGUGGAACCCCAUGUGCACCACUUCGAUGCCGUGCUGCCACGCCCUAAAGCAACGGCCUUCUAUGAUUACAUGAACUGCUUGGAUUCAGACGAUGAGAUUGAUCUGGGGAGCAGUGACGGCGGCAGCAGUGAUGGUGGGAGCAGCGACGGGGGGAGCAGCCAUGGGUCGGGAAGUGAAGGGAGUGAGGAUGAAGGGGGAGGGAGCAACCGCAGGGCAGGCACAAGCAAACGAGUGGGACUGGCUGGUUGA